AAUUAAAGAAAAAAGAAAAAAGAAAAAAGAAAAAAGAAAAAAACGAAAAAGAAAAACGAAAAAAGAAAUAAGAAAAAUCACUAAACACUCUGCAAAAAUCAAAAUCCGUUUGUCUUAAAUCGGUGACAGACAGUCAUCGCCGACGCCCAAUUUUUUGUCCUUCGUCAGAAAAGUCGAUCGCUCUCCCAAUCUCCAUCAAAAAUUCCCCAAAUUCGAACAUCAAAAACCCUUAUUCCACCCUAAUCUUAUCAUUUCCAUUAUUACCGUUGUAGCGAAUUUCGGCAUCACAUCGCAAUUAAAAGCAUCUGCGAAAUCAUUACAUACAUUCGCCUCUUCGAUCCAGAUUUCACCAAUUUACAUCUCACUUAAGUAACUAUUAAAAUUCGAUUUGUUUUUUCGAUGUUGUGAUUGUGUCCAAAUCAAUGAUUUGAUAGAAUUUCGGUAGAUUGGGGUUUUGGAAGUUGAAAUGGCGGCACAAAACCAAGGAGAUCUGUUUGAUGCUUAUUUUAAGAGAGCAGAUUUGGAUCGAGAUGGUAGGAUUAGUGGUCAGGAAGCUGUUGCUUUCUUUCAAGGCUCUAAUUUGCCGAAACAAGUUCUUGCUCAGAUCUGGACGUAUGCUGAUCAAAAUCGAACAGGAUUCCUUGGCAGAGCAGAAUUCUAUAAUGCUCUUAAGCUUGUGACAGUCGUACAGAGUAAACGCGAUUUAACUCCUGAGCUUGUCAGGUCAGCUCUAUAUGGCCCAGCUUCAUCGAAAAUACCAGCACCACAAAUCAGUUUCCCUGCUGCAUCUGCUCCCCAUUCAAAUGCUCCUGGAGUAACCCCUCCUGCAUCUCAGACGAACAAUGCUGCUCCUAUUGCCUCUCAAAAUCCAGGGCAUAGAGGAGUACCAGUGUUGCCAAAUGCCAACUUCCGUCAGCAGAAUAACCAAUCACCAGUUGGUGGGUUAGUGAGACCGGAAAAUGCAGUUUCUGGUGUAGGUACACAACCUGUACAAGGAGGUGGUUUUCAAGGAUUUUCUGGGGGAACUCCUUCAUUGAGCCCAAACCUACCUAAUUCUAAAGUUUUGAAUCACGCAGGAGUUACAAAUGGAGGAAAAUCACCAUCUGGAAAUAAUCAUUUGACAAACCAGCCUGGGGUUUCUUUGACAGCAGGGCCAGUGGGUUCUUUGCCACCUAAGCCAUUGGAUAGUGUAGGAUCUUUUAUUACGCAACCCAAACCACAUGUUCCACAAAAUGGGUUACCUCCCGGUUCCUUUUAUGGAGGUGAUGCAUUCUCUGCAGUUUCUUCACCGGUCAAAAAAGAUGGUUCUGUCACUAACCCAUCUGCUGACAGCAUACCAGUUCCUUCAACAUAUGUUCCAGAUUCAGCUGGCAACCGGCCUUCCUCUAAACCAGCCAUUUCUGCUGCACCAAAAUCACUCACUGCAGCUUCUGUCAGUGGACAGCAUAUAAACUUACCAUCUCAAGGAAGGCAGAAUCAGCAAGUUCGGGCCGAGAAUAUUGCUCCUCAUGGUGCGGCUGCUUCUUCGCUUCAUAGCACUACAGGAACUCAACCCCAAUUCAAUUGGCCAAGAGUGACCCAUACUGAUCUGCAGAAAUACACCAAAGUAUUCAUGGAAGUAGAUACGGAUAAAGAUGGGAAAAUAACUGGGGAACAGGCACGCAACCUCUUUCUAAGUUGGAGACUGCCAAGAGAGGUCUUAAAGCAGGUGUGGGACCUGUCUGAUCAGGAUAAUGACAGCAUGCUUUCUCUCAGGGAAUUCUGCAUUGCACUUUACCUUAUGGAAAGAUACAGGGAAGGGCGUCCUCUUCCAGCAGUGCUUCCGAGUAGUGUGGUGCUUGAUUUUCCUGCAAGUGUUCAACCAGCAGGCGGAUAUGGUAAUGUAGCAUGGGUUCAUACGGCUGGUUUCCAGCAACCAGCAGUAGCACCUGCCACAGCUCCUAGACCAACUGCACGUCCGACUGGAAAGCCGCCGUUGCCUGUUAGUGCUCAUAUAUCACACGACGAUAGAAUGCCUCCUAAACCACCAAAAGCCAAAGUACCAACAUUAGAGAAACACCUAGUAGAUCAGCUGAGUGAGGAGGAGCAGAAAUCACUUAAUUUGAAAUUCCAGGAGGCAUCAGAGGCCAAUAAAAAAGUUGAAGAACUGGAGAAAGAAAUAAAAGAAUCAAGAGAGAAAACGGAGUUCUUCCGAGUUAAGAUGCAAGAGCUUGUUCUCUACAAGAGUAGAUGUGACAGUCGCUUUAAUGAAGUUUCAGAAAGAGCUGCUGCAGAUAAGCAUGAGGUUGAGUCUUUGGCUAAGAAAUAUGAAGAGAAGUAUAGACAAGCAGGUGAUGUGGCUUCUAGGUUGACAAUCGAAGAAGCGACGUUCCGUGACAUUCAGGAGAGGAAAAUGGAGAUGUAUCAAGCAAUUGUAAAGAUGGAGCAGGAUGGCACUGAUGAGAACCUUCAGGUUCAUGCCGAUCGUAUCCAAUCUAGUUUGGAGGAAUUAGUUAAAUCUCUCAGUGAACGUUGCAAGAAAUAUGGACUACGCGCGAAACCAACCACACUUGUUGAGCUUCCUUUUGGAUGGCAGCCUGGUAUCCAGGAGAGUGCUGCUGAUUGGGAUGAAGAUUGGGAUAAAUUUGAAGACGAAGGCUACACUUUUGUGAAGGAAAUGACUCUCGACGUGCAGAAUGUCAUUGCACCACCAAAAACAAAAGUCAAGGUUGCCAAGAAACAGAUAAGUUUGGCUGCUGAGGGUGAAAUAUCUAUUCUUACCUCAGAUACUGAAUCCAAACCUUUGAAGCCUGCCGGAGCGGAUGGCGAGGUGACUGAAAAUGGUGUAGUUGGCUCCUCUAAAGCUGAUGACAUGGUAAAAAGUCCAGUUUUUAGUCCUUCAGGUAGAAGUUCACUUGGAAGUCCACAUGAUGGUUCCAACGACAACCAUUUCAGAGAGUCUGGAGGUGUAGAUUCCUCACCUCGUGCCAAUGAACCUCAGAGUGACCUUGGGAAUGCUGAUGUUUCUGUUUACGGAGAAAAGAGUUCUGAUAAGCCAUCGCAGGUCAUAUUUGAUGUUACUGAUGACUCUGAUUCGAUGUGGGAUUCCUCAAAGGAUAUGGAUCGUGAAAAGCAUAUUGAUGAUUUGUUUGGACAUGGUCAGUGGACUCUGCCUCCUAUCAGGACUAGUUCUCAGACUGAGGACUUCCUGCCCAAGAAAGGCAUAUUUGCGGAGUCUGUACCAGGCACACCAGCUGAGAGCUUUUUGCCCAAAAAGAGCCUAUUUGCAGAUUCUGUUCCCGGUACUCCUGCUGAUGGCUAUUUUCCUAAACAGAGCAUUUUUGCAGAUUCUGUUCCAAGCACACCACUUUAUGGGUCAAGUUAUUCUCCACAGAAGUAUGGUGAAGGACCAGAGCAUGGUCUCAACUUUUCUAGGUUUGAUUCUUUCAGAUCGAUCGAUAGUGGGUUCCAGCCCGAAGAAAGGCUAUCUCGAUUUGAUUCCAUGCGCAGCACUGGAGAAUUUGACUCACAAGAUGACAAAUCAUUUCAGCAAAGGGAUACAUUUGCACGGUUUGAUUCUAUGCGAAGUACUAAUAAUGAUUUUGAUUAUGGGGAUCGGUAUACGUCAUUUGAUGAUACAGACCCUUUUGGUUCUGGACCAUUCAAGUCAUCAUUUGGUAAUGAAACUCCUAGGAGGGACUCCGAUGCUUUUGGAUCUAGUGCAUUUAGUUCUUCGUUUGGAAAUGAAACCCCAAGGUCAGAGUUAGAUGCAUUUGGUUCUGUUGGGCCUUUUAGGUCAUCAUCUAUGGCCAAUGAAACUCCCAGAGCAGAUUCAGAACUUUUUGGGUCUGCGGUGCCUUUCCAGUCAUCACUAGGCAGUGAAACACCAAGAGCAGACGCUGACCCUUUUGGUUCAGUUGGGCCUUUCCGGUCAUCUUGGGGCAGUGAAACUCCAAGAUCAGAGGCUGACCCUUUUGGUGGGCCUUUCAAGUCAUCACUGGGCAGUGAAACACCCAGAAGAGAAUCAGACUAUUUUGGUUACUCUGGUUCAUUCAAAUCUUCUUUUGGCAGCGAGACACCUAGGGGUGAAUUUGAUUCUUAUGGGUUCGGCGGACCAUUUAGUUCGUCAAUGGUAAGUGAAACGCCACGGGGAGACUUGGAUGCAUUUGGUUCUUCUGGGCCAUUUAAGUCUACUAUGGAUAGUGAAACCCCUAAAGGACACACAAAUAGUUGGAGCGCGUUCUAGAAAAUAGUAAGUUUGUAUGUGACACUCCAUUUUUCUUCAAUUUGAUGCUGGGAAGAACUUUGCUUAGAGAUGCUAAGGAAUGCUUCAUCUGGGAUCUCUAAAAGCUACGCAUUCUGCAGGUUCCGUAUCUGCCAAGUUCUGUCAGUGAUGUAUGAGCCGAGACAUUCCUGCAUCGAUCUUUUCCUGCUGGUGUAUUUCUUGAUUUUUCCCCUCUGUAAAAAUUCUCCUCUAUCAUAUAUAUUUUCUUGGAGGGUUUUCCGGGUGUGCAAAAUUUUUGCUAUUACGUUUUUCUUGUUGAUGCGAACUACGGGAAAUCUUGUGAUUUUCUUCCCUCUUUGCCAAUAUUGUGGUGUUUGUAAUGUGAAUAUAGUGGGCUGGCGUUGUAGUAGCAGCUCGUGUUUGUUAUUCUUUACAGUGAUCUGAAAAAUCGGACUGUGUUAUGAAUUAUGAUACUGUAGUGUAGCAGUGGAUACUGAUUUUGCA